UUCUCAGUAUUUCAAUGGGCACAGACCAUGAUUUUUGCAAUUGAAGAAAUCAACAGAGAUCAGAUCCUGCUUCCUAACAUCACACUUGGUUACAGGCUUUAUGACAACUGUGUGAAGCUACCUGUGGCUAUGAGGGUAGCAGCUGCACUGAUCAGUGGAAAAGAAGAUGAAAUUAAAGAUUAUGAUUGUAGGGGACCCCCUCCUGUUAUUGCCAUCAUUGGUGACCCUGUUUCUACACAUUCGAUUGCAAUUUCAAGGAUUCUGAGUCUUUUCCAGAUGCCAAUGGUAAGCUAUUCUGCCUCAUGCUCUUGUCUAAGCAACAAAGACGAGUAUCCAUCGUUCUUCAGGACCAUACCAAGUGACACAUUUCAGGUUAAAGCAAUGAUUGAGAUUAUUAAACAUUACGGAUGGACAUGGCUUGGUGCAAUAGCCAGCGAUGAUGAUUAUGGGCAGAAUGCAAUUAAAACCUUAAGUGAAGAAGUUAAAAAUUUUGGAUGCCUUUCAUUUUUAGAAACCAUUCACAAAGUCAAUGAAAAAGGAGAUGUUGCUCGCAUUACAAGGAUUAUUAAAGAAUCCACUGCUAACGUUAUAAUUGUGUUUACAUCGGAAGUAGAAUUAAAGGCAUUAAUGACUGAAGUCGUUUCUCAGAACAUUACAGGAAAGCAGUGGAUUGCUAGUGAAGGGUGGAGUACUGCAACAGCCCUAGCAAUAAAAGAGAACUUCUAUUCAUUUGGAGGCACUUUAGGCAUAGCCAUUCGAAGAGGUGAAAUUCCAGGACUCGAAGAGUUUCUUCGUCAAAUCCGCCCAAAUUAUGAUCCAGAUAAUAAUUUAGCAAUUCAGUUUUGGGAAACUCUCUUUCAAUGUAAAUUUGAAGAAAAUGCAGUUAAAUCAAAUUUAACUACUGGGCUACACGAUUAUAAUACCUGUACUGGUGCAGAAAAUAUUACUGGUAUGAAUACGGCUUAUAACACAGCGUCAGAUUUAAGAUACUCCUACAAUGUUUAUAAGGCAGUAUAUGCUGUAGCACAUGCUCUUCAUGCUCUAGUAUUUUGUGAAUCUGGAAAAGGACCUUUUGAAAACAACACCUGUGCAGACAUUGCAAAUAUUCAACCAUGGCAACUACUGUAUUAUCUUAAAAAAGUAAAUUUCACAAAUCACCUUGGAGAAAGAGUGGCAUUUGAUGAAAAUGGAGAUGCACUUGCAAUCUAUGAUAUUGUAAACUGGCAACUUGAUAACAAUGGGAGAGUGAUUAUUAAAAAUGUUGGUGUCUUUGAUAAAUCAGCGGCUAAAGUUACAGAUCUUUUACUCAAGGAAAAUGACAUUUACUGGAAUUUAGAUUCUAAGUUGAUCCCAGUGUCUGUCUGUAGUGAAAACUGCCCAUCUGGUACAAGGAAAGCCCCCAGGAAAGGGCAGCCCCUAUGCUGCUUUGACUGCAUACCCUGUGCAGAAGGGGAAAUAAGCAGUGAAACAGAUUCAAUAGAAUGUCUUAAGUGUCCCAUUGAUUUCUGGUCCAAUCAAGGAAGAACUGAGUGCAUUCUGAAAGAAAUUGAAUUCCUUUCUUUUGAAGAUGCAAUGGGGAUGACACUCACAACAAUAGCACUCUGCGGAGCUUGUCUGUCAGUUGCUGUAUUGGCUGUGUUCAUACAUUUUCGGAGUAGCCCUGUUGUGAAAGCGAACAACUCUGAGUUGAGCUUCCUGUUGCUGAUAUCACUAACACUCUGUUUCCUCUGUUCACUGUGUUUCAUUGGACAACCAUCACAUUUGACAUGUAAAGCAAUGCAUAUGGUGUUUGGAAUCAGUUUUGCUAUGUGUAUUUCAUGCAUUUUGGUCAAAACAAUUGUUGUAAUAAUGGCAUUUAAGGCCACACUUCCUGGAAAUAAUAUGAUGAAAUGGUUUGGCGCUCUCCAGCAGAGAUGCACUGUAUUUUUGUUUACUUUUGUUCAGUUAAUAACAUGCAUCAUAUGGUUGACAACCUCCCCACCAUAUCCAUCAAAAAACACAAGAUAUCAAAAUGGCAAGAUUAUUUUUGAGUGUGAUGUUGGAUCUCUAAUUGGCUUCAGUUGCCUCCUUGGCUAUAUUGGUUUAUUAGCAGGUGUUUGCUUUAUUCUAGCUUUUCUGGCAAGGAACCUGCCUGACACUUUCAAUGAAGCUAAAUUCAUUACUUUCAGCAUGCUUAUCUUCUGUGCAGUUUGGAUUACAUUCAUCCCAGCCUAUGUUAGCUCGCCAGGAAAAUUUACAGUAGCUGUGGAAGUGUUUGCCAUAUUAGCUUCAAGUUUUGGAAUAUUAUUUGCUAUAUUUAGCCCAAAAUGUUAUAUCAUUCUACUUAAGCCAGAGAAAAACACCAAAAAGGCCCUUAUGGGUAGAGUGCCUCCUAAAAAGUGAAUCACCACAUAAAAGUUAAUGUUAAAAUAUACUACAGUUUGAAACAUCCAAAGGUCUUUUUUCAUGCUGAUGUUGACCAUUAGCAAGUUUGUGUAUGAAAAAGAAGGACAAGAUCCAGUUUGAGCCAGUGGGAUUUUCAUAAGCAUCACAGGUUUAUAACUCAUGAGGUCAAUAAAUUGUCUAAAAUA